UGGUGUCGUCGGUGCAGGCAGUGAUGGCCUCCACGGCCGGGUACAUCAUCUCCAGCUCGUGCCACCGCGAUGUCAUCGAUGACACGCACUGGCUGGCCGCCGCCUACCCUCCCUUCGCGGUGCCGUACUUCGUGUACGACGUGUACGCCAUGUACCUGUGCCACCUGCAGCGCGCCCAGGUGAAGGGGCACGGCCCCGCCCCGCCCCGCGCCGCCGCCGCCGCCUUCCUGCGCCACGAGCUGCUGAUGGUGCU